UAUACAGACGAGAAGUCUAGACAGAUUGGAGAAAGAAUGGAUGAAUUAGUUGCUUCUCAGAGUCAGCCUGUGGAUGAUGAUUCUGAUCCGCUAGAGAUCGAUAUGAACAAGGUGUACGUGGAGGCUGUUGGUGGACUCGACAAAAAGAAGAGAAUGUUUGGAGUUGGUGGACUUGCAGCCAGCUAUAGGAGUAGUGAGCGGUCGAGUGGUACAUCUCAGUUUCAGGGCCCCACUGUCGAUCCACAACGACUUGUGGAUGUGGAGUUGCAGGAUGCCUUAGCGGCGAUAGAACGUCAGAAAGAGGAGAUGAGGCUGAAAGAUGAGCAGACCGAGCCUCGAUUUGAGGCUCAGCAACGUAUGUUCGAGCAGAUAUUGGCUAGGCUUCCACCUGGACCGACUCCACCCUCUGGACCAUCAUCUUGACUAUUAUGUUUGUGUUUUUGUAUUUUGAAUACUUGAAUGUUUCUAUUAUGUUUUUGAACAGUUGGAUAUUUUAUGUUAUGUUAUGAAGAUUUGAAUGCUAGUUUAAAUUUUAAUAUUUUACA